CAGUUCAUGUCGGAAAACGGCGGGGAUGAUUGUGUGCAUGGGAACAGCGUGGAAGAGAAUCAGAGCUGGAGUCAGACCGCUCUUCUCCACUGGUACUAACGCCUGUCAUUGUGCAUUUAGACUCACGUUUUCACCUUUUAACGUGAUCGCUCCCAGAGGACUAGAAGAAGCCGCGGCAUUGACGACUGCUGCAUCCCGGCUGCGCCCUGCUGUCACCUCGAUACCGAAAACCCCGAGGCUCGCCUGGGUUGCGUUUGAUCGCUUCCUCGCAGUAUCGCCAGCCAGCAACUUCAGUACAGCGAUGACAGAUUCAGCAGCCUCCACCAGGGAAAGCAUGGCUCAGAGGCUGGUUUGGGUGGAUCUGGAGAUGACCGGACUGGACAUUGAUAAAGAUGAGAUCAUUGAAAUGGCCUGUCUCAUAACAGACUCGGAUCUCAACAUCAUUGCAGAGGGGCCGAACCUGAUCAUCAAUCAGCCAGAUGAGCUCCUGGACGGCAUGUCAGACUGGUGCAAGGAACACCACGGAGAGUCAGGCCUGACCCGGGCAGUACGGGAGAGCAGGAUCUCUUUGCAGCAGGCAGAGUACGAGUUCCUGUCUUUCGUCCGGCAGCACACACCCCCUGGGCUCUGCCCGCUAGCCGGAAACUCUGUUCAUGCGGAUAAGAAGUUUUUGGACAAGUACAUGCCUCAGUUCAUGCAUCACCUCCACUACAGAAUCAUUGAUGUCAGCACUAUCAAGGAGCUGUGCAGACGCUGGUUUCCAGAGGAGUAUAAUCUAGCACCCAGAAAGCAAGCUUCCCACAGAGCAUUAGAUGACAUCCAGGAGAGCAUUAAGGAGCUCCAGUUCUACAGGGAAAGCGUCUUUAAAACGAAACAGAGGCUCGUGGAAAACGGAGGGAGCGGCAAGACGGUGAGCUGAGGCCAGGGCGACCGGCGCGAGGAAAUCGGACCACCCUGUUUGGAAUCGGCUUGAAAUGGUCUGUUUGCACAGCGUUCCUCUGGCACUGAAAUCAGCGACGCCCUCCCUCGCUGUGACAGCGUACGGCAGCGUUAAACAGGCUGCAUCACGCUCAGCUUCUCUUCCUUGUUUGUUUUAUCAUUUGUUCAGAGAAGACGUUCGUUCAGUUUCUGACCACAGGCUGUGUGCCCUGGAGAUUUCUAAGUUUUGCUUCUUGUUUUAGAACACAUCUGCUUUAAAAGAAGAUACCCUUCCCCCUUUAUUCCAAAAUAAAUAUAUUAAGUUCC